GGUGGGUUUGCGUCAGGUCUACCAGAAGAGUCAUUCCAAUGAACUAAUACUGCUUCUUCUUGCCAUGAUUUCAUGAGGUUUUUACCGUUCCACGUGUUGGUUUCGGAGCGUUAAAGUGUGAUACACCCAUGGCUGCCUGCGUGUGGUGUCGCUGGAUGCCCAGGUUACGCCACCUCCCAGAUUUAAGAAAAGGAUUCGUCCGGGCUCAACACGUGCAUAUUAAACCAGAGGACGAGGCUGAUGGUCUAGAGGAAGAGAGAAGCUUAUCAUGGCACAAUGAAGUAUCUUUAGAAGGAUACAGGCUGCAUUACAACCCUUCUUCAUAUCAUCACUUUGCAUUGAACUCUGCAGUCUCCUACAGCCAAAGAGAUAAUGAUGAAGAUGAGCAAUGUGUAUUCACUCAUGUACCUUCCUUCUGGCAACAGGGCAAUCGCUACAAUGUGAGUUGCUCACGGCACCUCUCUAGCUCAAAAAACACUCUUCUGGACUUGGCUUUCAGCAAAACCUCUGAACCAGAGGUCCCCUCAGUAUCUCCUUACCAGAAAAAACCUGUGCUACCAGAUGUUAAAGUAGAUGCACGUGCCUUCCACAAGUGCAGACCAGAGUAUGCCUCAGUGAGCCUUGACUUUAACCAGAGACCUCACCAAAUCAAAUGGGAGGAGGCAAUGCAGCUGCUUCAAAAAGUGACUGUUUUAAAGGGAAGCAUGAAAACAUCUGACGUGUCUCAUUUUCUUAUGGAGCUUAGUUGUCUGCACCCAGACAAGAUGCCAUUAGUGAGGAGUGACCAACGCUUCAUCAUGCUCCUCCGGUAUUCUGUGGAGCACCUUCGCCACUUUACUCAACUUCAGUUGCUAGAGGUGCUGCAGUCAUUUGUGCGGUUGGACAUGCCCUCGACCCACACUGUACUUGAAUUAUAUGAGGCUGAGCUAAUACGCCGGUCCAGUCAGAUGACUUUGCAUCAGUUGAUGUUAGCUGCUGAUUUGUGGCGCUGUAUAGGGAAGCAGGUACCUCAGUUCUUACAGCAUCUCUAUGACUCAGUCCGUGUGCACCUGGGACAGGUGAGCGUCCCUGAGCUGGUUCAGCUGUUGUAUAUAAUGGGAGAGGGUAGGCAUUGUCCAAAAGACCUGAUCCGUUCUAUAGAGCAGCUUCUCAUGCAUCAUAUGCAACAACUGCACCCUGAGGAGGUUGGGGCUAUAUGUUUGGGACUCUUUAAAUCCCAGACUUCAAUAUCUGAGAGUGCAGUGACUCGCAUUGUUGAUAAGGCACUCUCUUUUGUAAAGGAGCUGAGUGACUUUGCCAUAGUGAAUGUGCUGAAGUACCUGCGUUUUAGUUAUACAUAUCACAGGGCAUGGCUGGAGGCCAUGGCAGAGGAAGUUCCUCAGCGUGCUCAUAGGAUGGGUGUCAAGGGGCUAAUGCAUGUGGCACUGACCUGCUCUGCUCUUCAUUACAGUAAUGACAGUAUUCUUACUGCUGUCGCUGAGAGAGUCCCCUUGUUAGUGCCACACUGCAGGAGUAAAGACUCAUGCAAACUCCUGUGGGCUUACGGCACAUUAGGAUUUCUCCCAUUACGGAGUCCAAGCUUCUAUCCAAGUCUUACAGAUUCCCUGAGGCAAAGAAAAGCUGAAUUUCAACGAUACCCGGAGCAUCUGCUCACGGGUCUUUUAGGAUUGGCCUUUGUCUCCCAGUUCCCAGAGGAUCUAAUUGCAUUAGCCUUGAGCCCUGACUUUGUAAACUUAGCACUGAAAUGCACACAGCUUGAUCUGAAAAAGGACUUGUUCACUUUAGAUGGAGCUGUAGCUCUGGAGUUGCCUCAAUGGACUGGCCCUCGGCUAAGCUGUGAACUUCGGGAUGAGAUUGCAGAGAUGCUGUGGAAGUUUGCCCAGUCAGAUGUGUGCCAGAAACCAGAGGUUCAAGAGGCAGAAUCUGCUCUGAAAGAUCUGCUUGGUGGAGAGGAGUUUGUAUGUAAAAGAAUGAUCCUGCCACAUACUCGCUCCAUUGACCUGGAAGUACAUCUUGACUCCACUGGGCACCCUGUACCUGUGAAACUAGCAUCACUAGAACAAAGCUCAUCCACAUGUCCUUCUAAUCAGGGUUGGGAGAAAUUAAAUGUAGGAGUAACAAUAACUGAUGACCUUUUAGCACAGAUAAUAAAUAAAAACACCACCAAAGCUCCUUUGGCUCAACCACCUAAAGUUAAGACUGCAUCUCUUCACAGAUUACAGCCCGAUGAAAGUGGCAGACUGUUUGACACAGUGCUAGACCUGACCAGUGAUAUUAUAGAAACUCUGACCAAACCCAAGCACCUUGGGUCUUCUCGCUGGGACUCCAAAGGCCCGGUCAAAGUUGCAAUACAGGUCUCAAGCAGGAACCACUUCUGCUCCCAGUCACAGCAGCUACUGGGACUUCAUGCCAUGAAGAGAAGACAGUUGAAGCUAGCAGGCUAUAGGGUUGUAGAGCUUAGUUAUCAAGAGUGGUUUCCAAUGCUGAGGAAAAGCAGGGCUGAGAAGCUGGCAUAUCUGCACUGCAAACUCUACGACAAUCUGCAAUGAUUCUCCCACUUGCAAGAGCCUCUGUAAAUAGUCAGAAAAUUUGGUUUGUGUUGCAAGAUGUAUAACUAUUAGGCUUCUGGAAAAUCUUUACAGAUAUUUUGCACACUAUAAACUAAAGUGCAGAAAAAAUGCUUUGUACCUGUUAAAAUGUAUUUCAUGGAGAUUUUUGUCAAAUAUAUAUUUUUAAAUUUACAUUUCAAGACUAAAAAGUAUUAACAUGAAAAAUAAAACAUCAGCCUAUCAGAGUCAGGUAUGGUAUAGCAUCCAUUUGACAUUUAGAAUAUAAGGUCUUGUGUGUUUACGUAAAUGUCAAGAUUUUCAGAGGUCAGUGCUUCUGUGUCAAGUGUGAAGCUGCCCACUCUACACAUCAAAAAUGAAACUCUCAGUAUGGAAUUGAGGGAGAUUUAUUUAGGAAUAUAUUCUACAGCCCUUGAAAAGAAAAAAACCUGUUAUGUAACUUAAUAAAGACAGGAUUAAAAUGGCAUGUCAGAAGCUAUUAGCAAAUGAAAAUAAAAAUAACAGUAUUUAGCAUUUUGUUUCUCACCUGUUUUUGUUUUGUUUUUGUUUUUUUUAUUUGAAUUUUUAUUUAAUAAAUUUUUUUGUCCUUUUUUAAAUUUAAAAACAGAUCUGGGUCUUCUUUCAUUUCCAUAGCAAAACUGGCAUCUGUUCUGCUGAUGUUGUUCAUGCAUUUUGAACAGCUUAUUUGAGACCGGUGUGGCAG